AUGAGUUUCUCUCAAAAAUAUAAUAAAGUAAUAUUAAUUGAUGGUGGUCUUGGCACAACAUUACAUGAAUAUGGACUGGCCGUACUUGAUGAUCCUUUAUGGUCUGGAAAAGCAUUAGUAAAAGAACCGGAACAACUUGCAAAAGCACAUCGAGCUUUUGUUCAAGCUAAAUGUGAUUUUAUUUUAACUGCUACAUAUCAAGUUUCAGUUGAAAAUUUAAUGAAUCAUCAUCAUUUAUCUAAUGAACAAGCAGAAGAAGUUAUCUAUAAUUCAGUGAAAAUUGCUCGAAAUGUUAUUGAUGAGGAAAAAGCAAAAUGUUUUGUAGCAGCUUCAGUCGGUCCUUAUGGAGCUGCGUUAAAUGAUGGUAGUGAAUUCAAUGGAUGGUAUACAGAUUCGAUGACAAUCGAACAAUUCAAAGAUUGGCAUCGACCUCGAUUGGCAAUAUUAACUCGUGCUGAGCCUGAUUUAAUUGCUUUUGAAACAAUACCAUCAAAAAAAGAAGCUGAAGCACUUGCUGAAUUACUAAAAGAAUUUCCAAAUGUAAAGGGAUGGUUUUCUUUCAACUGUCAGGUACUUAAAUAG